AUGGAUUCAGACAAUUCAGAUAAUAACGAUCAAGAAUUUUGGGCGUUGGUUGAAGAAGAAUUUAUGGACGACAGUGAUGAAGAACAACAACUUCAGAAUUCUGGGAGUUCUUCUAGGCGAAAGAGAAGAACAACUAUAGAUCGAGGUCGCGAAGAAGGGCACAAUCGAUUAUUCAAUGACUACUUCUCGAAAAACCCAGUAUACACAGAUGUUCAAUUCCGAAGAAGGUUCAGAAUGCAUAGGCAUGUAUUUCUUCGAAUUGUAGAUGCCCUUGGCAAUUAUGAUGAAUAUUUCCAAAUGAGGGUCGAUGCAACUGGUAAAAUGGGUCUUUCACCAUUGCAGAAAUGUACAACUGCUAUUCGUAUGCUGGCGUAUGGGUCUCCUGCUGACCUUGUAGACGAAUAUGUUCGAAUCGGUGAAAGCACUUCAAUUGAGUGCUUACAAAGAUUUGUUAAGGGCGUGAAUGUUGUAUUUGGGGCAGAGUAUUUGAGAAAACCUAACAACACUGAUGUUGAACAUCUUUUACAAAUGGGAGAGUCACGUGGCUUUCCAGGUAUGUUGGGUUCCAUUGAUUGUAUGCAUUGGGUAUGGAAAAAUUGUCCUGUUGCAUGGAAGGGACAAUUUUGUCGAGGUGAUCAUGGUAAGCCCACAAUCAUGCUUGAAGCAGUGGCAUCACAAGACUUAUGGAUUUGA